AUGGAAGCCCUUGAACUCGCUGACAUAUUUCCUGGGUUAGAUGACGAGGCCCUCGGUUCACUGGGGAUGGAAAAUGCGUGGCCGGCUGACAUUUUUAGUGAUUUAACUGAAAAGGACCUCGAAGAUGCUCUCCUUACGGACAUCACUUCCAAGCCGACGACUAAGUCUGAACCCGUUGAUGUGGAUAUCUUUGGAUUUGGCAAUGACCUUGUUGUAGGUGAUGAGGUUGAAGUAAAUAACUCAAGUGACCAAUUCGCGUCUUCAUCAAACCACACGCCUAAAGGUGAUUUAUUCACUAACCAAGAGGACUUCACUCAAACCAUCUCAACUGAUACUUCGCCAGAGACAAUCCGGCUCACUCCGGAGACAGAGAGCAAUUGCUCCACUCCAUCAAAUUCCGAUUCCUUCGCCACAUCAUUACAACUCUCUCCAUCCUCCAAGAAGCAACAGCCGAAACGCUCUACCUAUGGGGAUAUUGUGCUCGAAGAGGUACCUGCUGCUAAGAAAUGCGCCUAUGCAUUUUCACCACCUAUUGUGCCCCACGAGCCCAACCCGAGUGCCAUUAAUCGUGUUCACUACGUCCUGCAGAAGGGACAGACGCUCAUCUUACAGACGGAAAAACCCAACAGUCGUAUCCCACAAACUGUCAAUCCACAGUCCCGUAUUAAAGCACUCAAUGCGCAUCCAACUGCGAAUCAAACGGUCUUCCGUAGAGACGCCAACGAGUUCAUUCGAAUCAAACCACUUGCAGCACAUCAGAGGCAAUCUGUCGUUUACCCAGUCACUCCUGAUUCUCACGCCAGUUCAGACACCGACGGGAGUCCGCAGUCUCCUUCUGACGGCAUCGAACCUCGUGGAAUGUUUAUCUUCAAUGCAAGGAAUGGAGCCUCAGUCACGUCAACAUCGGCCAUCCGUCUCACUCCAGCGACAGGAAGUGUUUACACAACUACGGAAAGGUAUAACGGUCCCACUUCCUAUAUCAGCCGUCAGAGCAGUGGUAGCGGCUAUGGUGUCGACGUCAAUAGCGAUUACACCGGCGGAUAUGGAACGGGUAACUCCUCGGCGCCAUAUCGACAACAAACUAUAUUCCAAAGUUCGGCGGGGAUUCUCGUUUUAACGGACGAGGAAAAGCGGACGUUAUUGGCCGAAGGCUAUAGCAUCCCAACACGUCUCCCUUUGUCCAAACAGGAGGAGCGUAAUCUCAAGAAAAUUCGUCGCAAGAUUAAGAAUAAGAUUAGUGCACAGGAGAGUCGGCGCAAAAAGAAAGAGUAUGUGGAGUCCCUGGAAAAACGAGUGGAGGCCUACGCUCAAGAGAAUGCAGAUUUAAAGCGCCGGUUGGAUGGUUUGGAGGGAACAAAUCGGUCCCUUUUGAGUCAGCUGCGUCACCUUCAACAAGCGGUGAAUAAGUCUUCCUUCGCGUCUGCCAAUUCUACGUCCUCCUCUUCUUCCUCGCCACCACCAUCGUCAGUAUCACAAAAUUCCGGUCCCGCCUCCUCCAUGGGUUCCAAAAAGUCAACUUCUCCUUCCACUGCCCUAUCCUCCUCUUCCUCCUCCGCCUACCUGAUGGUUUUCUUAGCCUGCUUUGCGGCUCUUUUUGCCGGUCAACCUGAUGCCUCCACAUCAACAUCCCCUGGCUCCAGGUCAUACGUCCCCGCAUUAUCCUCAUCUUCCAAAGCGCUAGCCACUUCUGGCCACAUUGUGGGCGACUUGUCAACAUUUGGCUCGUUGCAUCAGAUUGGAUACACGUGGACGGCAAGGACGCAGAAAAUGGGUCCACGAUUAGAUGGAGACUACGCUCGAGGACCCAAUGUGAGUUACAUGCGAGAAGUAACGAAGGGAACCGCUUCCAUCUACCGCAUGCAUGAGUGGGCCCGCACUGCAGCCUACUUCAAGGAGGAGCAAAAUUCACAAGAUCAAGAGGCGGUCCGUAUCAAAAGUCCAGUGAGCCGGUCUCGCAUUUUGGGCUCUGCAAAGGACUUCGACGAAUGCGAGCCAAUGACAUGGUGGGAGUACUUCUUCGGCCAAUCAGGCGCUGAGUGUCGUGACGACAGGGAGGCCACCAAAGUGAUUGAAAAUGACCCCCUUGUUAGAACCAACCGACUUGUCAAUGCGGUCAACAGCACAGUACAAAAUCAAUUUGUCCUGGCAGUAGUCCAACCGAAAUACGUUCCUGGACUGGCCAACGGUAUUCUGCUGUCGGCAUGA